AUGAAACAAUAUGCUGAUAAAAGAAGACACACAGCCGUGAUGAAAAUUAAAGUCGGGGACACUGUGUUGUGCAAGCAGGAACGUAAAAACAGCCUGACCCCUCUGUAUGACCCGGAGCCUAUGGUAGUCAUUGGCGUCAAGGGAAGCUUGGUCACUGCCAAGAACAGUGUUAGGAUUCGCACCAGGAAUUACGCCGAUUGGAAACUGCUCAAAAAUGGUUGUAGGGAAUCACUGCGGUGUGAUGAUUCUGACAGCGGUGAGGCAUUUGAACCGGAUGAAGUUAUAAUUGAAUGUCCAGAGCAAUCCUUAGCAGGGCCGAGUGGGGAUGCAUUGCCAGCGGACAGAUCCUUAGCAGGGCCAAGUGGAGAUGCAGUUCCAGCGGACAGAUCCAGUGAAUCAAGGCAAGGUCAUGAGCAGCCAAGAGCAAACAGCGACACAGCUGAGUACGAGAGUAGGCAGAGAUCUCGGCAGCCCGGAUCAGACCGUGACACAGAGCGAAGACAUGUGCCCUUGGACAGGCCCAGAAGGAAAACAAGAUCCACAAAGGACACUAAAUAUAAGGACUUUAUUUGCGAAUAG